AUGCACGAUAAAAAAAUCCCAUUAAAUAGUGUAGAACCCAUAUCAUUCUUAGGGUUCAUUGAUCCGUUUCAUAAUUAUUUGGAAGGGAUUUUUUUGCAUAAUGGCAGUAAUCACAAAAAUGGCGUUUUAUAUCAAUAUGGAGACAUUAAUUACGAAAGUAAUUCUAAUGAAGGUGACAUUUAUACGCUACUAAUCAUUAUUAUCGUAAUAUGUAUUGUUACAAUUAUUAUCGCAUUGGCAACAAGAUAUAUAAAGCGCAUUAGACAAGAAGAAGAUUAUAUUAAGGACCAAAUUAACUUUAUUUCAGAACAGAAUACUGCGUUACUUGGCAACAACUAUGAUAGAGAUCCUAUUACUAUGGUAUAG